AACAUAACAAAUUUGUUCUACCAACCGGUGUGUACGACAAGAUGAGAGUAACGAUCAUUCAUCAUUUAUUGAGCUAAAUCAGUCGUAAAAACUAACUUUUGAUCUAUUCUGAGGAAACUAAACACGAUUUUGACGUCAAGCGGAGCAAGAGAAUAUAUCUGAGCUGAACAAUGGCCCGAAACGCUUGUAAUCGAGCCACAGGCCUCCUGUUUUUUUCUGGAAACAGCCAUCCGGAGUUGUCCAAUUCUGUUGCACGGCGUCUAGGAGUAGAAUUGGGCCAGGUGGAUGUUUAUACCCAAGACAACAAAGAAACAAAGGUCCAGAUUCAAGAAUCAGUGAGAGGCAAAGAUAUUUUCAUACUUCAGACUGGAGCAAAAGAUGUGAACAAUGCGAUUAUGGAGUUAUUGAUCAUAGCCUAUGCCUGUAAGACAUCGUCUGCAAGGUCCAUCGUAGCUGUCAUUCCGUACCUUCCAUAUAGUAAACAGAGUCAGAUGAGGAAAAGAGGAUCCAUUGUUGCCAAAUUGCUUGCCACUAUGCUCUGUAAAGCUGGUGUGACACAUGUGAUCACAAUGGACCUACAUCAUAAAGAGAUUCAAGGGUUCUUUGACGUGCCUGUAGACAACCUCAGAGCUUCCCCAUUCCUUGUCCAAUACAUUCAAGAACAUAUUCCUGAUUGGAGAAAUGCUGUAAUAGUAGCCCGUAAUCCCGGAUCAGCAAAGAGGGCGACAUCCUACGCCGAGAGGCUUCGCCUUGGACUAGCCGUUAUCCACGGAGAGCAGAAGGAAUCGGAGUCGGACAGGGUGGAUGGCCGCCAUUCUCCACCCCCUGUGGCACCCGGAAGUAGCAGUCAGGCCCUAGGAAUGCCUGGCCUACCUUUUUUCACACCUAAGGAGAAACCACCCAUUAAUGUUGUUGGCGAUGUAGGAGGAAGAAUUGCCAUCAUUGUGGAUGACAUGAUUGACGAGGCGGAAUCCUUUGUCGCAGCAGCUGAACUAGUGAAGGAUAGAGGGGCGUAUAAGAUAUACAUUAUUGCUACACAUGGUCUCUUAUCCUCAGAAGCCCCUAAGAUUAUUGAAGAUUCCUGCAUUGAUGAGGUCAUUGUAACAAACACGGUAUCACAUGACCUCCAGCGGCUCCAGUGCAACAAGCUCCGUACGGUAGACAUCAGCCUCCUGCUCUCGGAGUCCAUCAGGAGGAUACACUACGGGGAGUCCAUGUCGUAUCUCUUUAGGAAUAUCCCUCUUGAAGACUGAAAUGAGGCUAAAUGCGCGUUCAUUGCAUAGUACUGUGGUACAGUGAUUUUCCAUCCACAUUCGUAAAGGCUUGUUCAAAUGCGGGGUGUGUGUCGUGGAGCACGUAGUGAGUGAGUUUCAUUGAUUAAUUUCUUCUGAGCCAAUCAGAUGCAAGGAUUUUGGUAGCUUAUAACAGUUGCCAGUGUGAACCCCUGACUAUUUGUUUCAUGAAAUGCCCCCAAGGUGUGACACAACAAAGCUUACCUUACAAUAAAAAGAGGGAUUUUAUUCUUUCAUUUGGACAAAGCCAUAUUCCUGUAUUCUGGAGUGCAUGCAGUAUGACAGGCCAUUGUCUAACUGCCUGUACCAAAGAUACACCAAGGGGAAGAUCGGACACUUCAACAAUUUUUUGAAACGCUCGAUAAAUGCUUGUGGGGAAGGGCGCCCAACAGCGUUGAGUAAGUAAACCUUCGCAUGUCGACACGCGACUGUGUAUAAAACAUAUGGGGAAAAUGAGAGAGGAGAGUUUGGAGAGGGCAGGUCUCAAGGGUGGCGCAUGUGAAUAAUUCCACGUUUUUAUUACCAAGAAACCUCAGAAAUAUAUUCAUCUCUAAUUUAAGGAAAAUUCAAGAAAAAACAAUUUGAAAUGUAAAAAUCGUCUAUUCCUUCAACCCUUCACCAUUUCUCUCAUAUGUUUUGUACACAACCAUCUCGCGAUACGCAAAGGUAAAAAAAGGUCGUUGCUUACUCAACGCUGUAGGGCGCUCUUCCCGAGCGUUUCAUUACGCGGUCUAUGUACUGUCCGAUCUUCCCCUUGUAGUAUCUUUGCCUGUACUGACCGCACAGAAACGUAGUCAGGGCUAACAAUGCUGUUACAGCUGGUAGUGUGGCAGUGAUGCGUAUUGUAACGAUAAUGCAUUACUUCUACUUUGAAAUGAAUGUUUUGACUUCACAAUCCGAAAGAUGUGACUGGGCUCACUGUUGGCGCUCUGUUAGGCUAACAUUAACAAUGUUUCUGUGCGGCCGGCACUGGUGAAGAAAAAUAUAUUCCCAGACAGUUAUGAAUGAUUUGAGUGUCGAAAUGAGCUGAUAAAUUGAACCUCUAGAUUUGUGUCAUAAUUGGCUGUCCAUAGAAACAUGAUAGCCAUAAUCUGAGACCCGAGUGUAAAUUAAACCCGGUGGGUGUUUCAUAAAGUUUUUCAUAAGUUCUUAAAGAGUGACUUUAAGAUUGACUGAUGAAACUUUUUUGCAUGCGAAAUAAUCACCAAUGAACAUUAAUUAAUGGUGAAUACCAUUUACCACAAGAAAGGAUCACCAGUCGUUCUUAAGGUCACUCUUAACCCUAUCUAGGCCGGGGGGGGGGGGGGCCUUGAGAUCUCAGCCGUCGAUUGUGGGAUCUCGCUGAAAAUUGGCACGCAGGUUGACUGGGACAUAAUCUACAAGAUUGUAGAAUAAUUUAUUUCAUGAAAAUUGCUAUUAAGUGAUUAUGCUAAUUUAUGCAUAAUUAUUGUGCAAAAUCAUAAUUUUAACUCCCUAAGUAAAGCUCCAAAUGUUCUGAUUUUUGGCAUGACGAAAACCUCCAUUUGAGAACACUAUACCCCAGUUUCCCUUCUCAUCAAUUCUCUUCUCCAAGUACGACAAACCCUAACUGCCCCAAGCAAGCAAUUUAAGUAUCAAAACACCUGUUUUUUUACCUCGGUCCGAAGAUAACACGACAGCCCGGCAUAUACAGUCACAGCAGGGGGCCACACACGAUGGAUUGCAAUGUGUGUAGUUCUGGUGAGUGUCCAAGAGCCUGCUAUGGAGUUCCGUGUAUACACGUGAAAGUGCAACUUUUUUCUUCUUUCUUUCUGUCUGUCUUUCUUUCUUUCUUUCUUUUUUUCUUUCUUUCUUCCUUCCUUUCUUUCUUCCUUCCUUCCUUCCUUUCUUUCUUUCUUUCUUUCUGUCUGGCUGUCUUGUUUUUUUUUCUUUCUAGGCCUAUUUUUCUUCAUCCACCUCCUUUCUACAGUACGUUUGCGAUUAAAAAAAGUACUUACAGUUAUAGUUUGUAUUUAAAUUAAGAAUAAGACUUUGGGGGGAAAAAGAAUAAUGAUUUCAUAUUUGUUUGCAUAUCAGCCGCAUGAUUAUUCUACUGUGUAUGUUGGUAUGCCAAUAUUGCGUGAAUUGUUGAUAGGGUUGAUUUACGAACAGCUUUAUGAAACGGCCCCAGAGUUCAGAAUAUGAGUCGUAAUGUUAUAACCAUAUUUUGCACUUUACCCACAUGAGACUAAGCCAGCAUGUACGUGGACUACGUUCUAUGGUCAAUGGCUAUAUAUCAUAAUCGGGCAGUCUCCAACAGGUUAUAUGAAUUUGAUCGGUCCAAUUGUAUUUACAGCAUAGCCAUGAUGAAUAAUGUAGCUUGUUUCUGCAGUACUGCUUGUGUGCAUGUGUCCAAUUAUGUUGACUUUGUGCACUACUUGUUUGUCAAGCUUUGUUGUAUUUUUUUUCCACACUGUAUUUGAACAAGCCCUUUGGGGCGGAGGGGGAGUUAACAAAAAUUUUAAUGAAAUAUAUCGAAGAGCAGUAGAGCAAGACUUCUCUUGAAACAUUUUGUAGCUGAUGAAAUCCAAAUUGCCUAGCUCUCUCUCUGUUUCAAUGUUUUAUUACAGCACAUUUGGGGUCAUGUUAUGGCCCUUUUAUAGCUAUUAACAAUAUAAACAGUGAAAAUCUUUAUUAUUCAGGUUUGGUUAUUUUGAGUUGUGAACAUUUCGUGAUAUAUUCAUGAUGCAUAGAGCCACUCUCAAAAUUUGCCAUAAUUCAUGGGUUUACAGUAUUCACAAUAAUUAUAAGUGUCAUUUUUAACUUUAUCACAUUGUAAAAUUCCAAUAACCUACACAUAAUGUUCAUGUAGGUAUACAUGUAUGGGAGGGAGUUUGUCUAAUUUGUAUUUGUUUGAUUUAUUUUCCUUCAAUUUUGACUAAAUUAAGUAUUAUUAACACUCUUUCUUCUAUUGAAAACAUACACCCUUUGUAUAAUUAUUUUAGUGUAAAGCAUCGGUUAUGACAGUGGUGUAACUGUAUGAUAACAAUCGGAAUGUUUCUUUCAUAUUUCUCAUAUUAUUAACAGUGCUAUGAUGAUUUGAUGGUAAAUGAUAUUGGCACAAUGUGGAUUGUUCUUAAAGUUUAUUUAUGAAACGCCACCUUUUCUGCACAAUGCUACCUAUCUUAUGUCAAGAUAUUUAUUACAAACACGUCUCUUUCUCUGUUCAUAAUUGUGAGUAUUGAUGCAGUUUGUUUGUUUUGUUUGUUGGUUUGUUUUUUUUUGGGGGGGGGAUGAUUGCCUUAUUAUGAAAUAGUAUGUGUGCUCUGAUCUGAAUAGCUCUAAUAUGAUAUGAAAAUAUUGAAUUCCUGAAUGUGUGAUAGUGCAACAUACAUCACAAGGUCAAAUUUUGACUUUCUCACUUCACAAGGCUAAAGGCCUGGUCCCACUAUAUUCAUAACGGAUACAAUGGACAAGCAAAAUUUCGGGGUGGCUCCAUCCGUUUUCAUCCGCUCCAGACAAUGGACAAAAUGGGCGAACAAUGAAAUCACAGUGGACGAAUGCUCGAUGGAUGUAAAGAGUACAUUACAGAUACAUAACGUUUUCCAAAGGAUGGCAAGAUUCUUUUCCGUUUUACAUCCUCUCUGCAUCCGUAAGUGCAGUGGGACCAAGCCUUAAGCUGAGUUUUAUAGGUAUAGUCCAAGUCUGACCAAAUUAUAUUUUUACUAUUGCAUGAAAAUAGAUAGACAAUAUUUGUUUUACAUCAAAAAGGACUAUUUCUCGUAAUGCAUAAUGAGAAAUAUUACUGUAAUAAUGAAAUGUCAUUGGUAUCCAGAUCAAUCAAAAUAUGCCUUGAGGUUUCCUUUGUUUCCAUUGAUUGUUGUACACUAUGGCCCGUAUUCUGAAGUCGGGUUUAAUUUAAACUCUGGUUUUAAGUUCAAAUUCAAAUUUAUUUAUUUCACUUCCAUCAAACAAAACCAAAUUGUAUACCAUAUAUAAACAUAAAUAUUUGUAUCCGUUGC